CCCUCCACCCUUCCCCUCGGUUCGCAGCAGUCCCUCGCAGUGUCUCCGCAGUGCCUCCGAGCGGAAGGUGGGGGGCCGCCCUCCAGAAGAGCCCGGUGGCCCGGCGCUCCCCUUCACAGGACGCCAGGGGCCUGGAGAGAGCGCUCUCGGAGCUGACCUCGGAAACCGACGUGCCGGUGGUGUUUGUGAAGCGGCGAAAGAUAGGAGGCAUGGUCCAACCCUGAAGGCUUAUCAGGAGGGCAGACUUCAAAAGCUACUGAAAAUGAACGGCUCGGAGGGUCUUCCCGAGUCCUAUGACUAUGACCUCAUCAUCGUUGGAGGCGGCUCAGGAGGGCUGGCAGCUGCUAAGGAGGCAGCCAAAUAUGACAAGAAGAUAUUGGUCCUGGAUUUUGUCACUCCAACCCCCCACGGAACUAGAUGGGGUCUCGGAGGAACAUGCGUGAAUGUGGGUUGCAUACCUAAAAAACUGAUGCACCAAGCGGCUUUGUUAGGACAAGCCGUGCAAGACUCUCGAAACUACGGUUGGAAGAUCGAGGAGACAGUUAAACAUGACUGGGAUAAGAUGACAGAAGCUGUACAGAAUUACAUCGGCUCCCUGAACUGGGGCUACCGGGUCGCUCUGCGGGAGAGAAAAGUGACCUAUGAGAAUGCAUACGGCCAGUUUGUAGGUCCUCAUAGGAUUAAGGCAACAAAUAACAAAGGCAAAGAAAAAAUUUAUACAGCAGAGAAAUUUCUCAUUGCUACUGGCGAGAGGCCACGGUAUCUGGGCAUCCCUGGUGACAAAGAGUUCUGCAUCAGCAGUGAUGAUCUUUUCUCCUUACCUUAUUGCCCGGGUAAGACCCUGGUGGUUGGAGCAUCGUAUGUCGCCUUGGAAUGUGCUGGAUUUCUUGCUGGCAUCGGUUUAGAUGUCACUGUUAUGGUACGAUCCAUUCUCCUGAGAGGAUUUGACCAGGACAUGGCCAACAAAAUUGGCGAACAUAUGGAAGAACAUGGUGUCAAGUUUAUAAAACAGUUCAUACCAAUAAAAGUUGAACAAAUUGAAGCAGGGACACCAGGCCGACUCAGGGUGGUAGCCCAGUCCACCAGUGGUGGUGAAACCAUUGAAGGAGAGUAUAAUACGGUAUUGCUGGCAAUAGGAAGAGACGCUUGCACAAGAAAACUUGGCUUGGAAACCGUGGGGGUAAAGAUAAAUGACAAGACUGGAAAAAUACCUGUCACAGAUGAAGAGCAGACCAACGUGCCUUAUAUCUAUGCCAUCGGCGAUAUAUUGGAGGGGAAGCUCGAGCUCACCCCAGUAGCAAUCCAGGCAGGGAGACUGCUGGCUCAGAGGCUCUAUGCUGGCUCCAAUAUCAAGUGUGACUAUGAAAAUGUUCCGACAACUGUGUUUACUCCUUUGGAGUAUGGUGCUUGUGGUCUUUCUGAGGAGAAGGCUGUGGAGAAAUUUGGGGAAGAAAACAUUGAGGUUUACCAUAGUUACUUUUGGCCAUUGGAAUGGACGAUUCCAUCAAGAGAUAACAAUAAGUGUUAUGCAAAAAUAAUCUGUAAUAUCAAAGACAAUGAACGUGUUGUCGGCUUCCACGUACUGGGUCCAAAUGCUGGAGAGGUUACGCAAGGCUUUGCAGCUGCACUCAAGUGUGGACUGACCAAAAUGCAGCUGGAUAGUACCAUCGGGAUCCACCCCGUCUGUGCAGAGGUAUUCACAACCUUGUCGGUGACCAAGCGCUCUGGGGGAAGCAUCCUCCAGGCUGGCUGCUGAGGUUAAGCCCCAGUGCGGAUGCUGUUGCCGACACUCCAGGCCACUGCUGUGUUAACUUGCCCAAGUCCAAGGUGCAGAUUUUAGGAAGGGUUUUGUGCUUUGGCACCCGCGUGUCCCGCGCUGGUGGCACCCAAGGCCCCCUUGGAUCUCUCGGGUAGAAGGUGGUGGAUGGAAGGCAGACAGCGUCGCACUGGGGUCACCGUGACGGACUGGAGCUGACACUCGGCAGCGCAUCGGAGGGCGCGUCCAUGAAGUCACCGGCCCCAAGCCCCCGCGGUGGGCGGUGAUGGAACAAGUGCCGAGCAGUUUUAGCGCGACCGACCUCUCCGUUCUGGAUUUGCUUACUCUC